UUGGUAUGCACAAAAUCAGGGUUCUUUUAAUUUUAGGUCAAACUACCGGAAGUAAGAUUUUUCUAGGGUUUUAGUCUAGAAACACUUACUUCUUCUUCUUCACAGAAAUCCGAAAUCAUCAAAAAGCCUCCUCCAGUUCUCCGCCUCUGUUCUCCUCCCUCCCUCUCUAGAAAAUUUGCAGAUAAUGUCAUCUCCUACAACAACCCCUUCUUCUUCUGAAUCGGAAAUUCCUAAACCACUAAACUCAUCAAGAGUUACCCCUGAAACCAUCGGAAGAGCAGUAGUAGCUCUUAAAAAAUGGAACAAAACAAGAUCGAAAGAUGAAAAACCCCAACUUAUAGACCAAGAUGAGUUCUUAUAUCUAGUCUUAACCCUAAAGAAAAUCCCAUCUAACGGUCGUACUAAUCCAUACAAAAUUCCUCUAUCCCAUUCACUUCAUCCAUCUGAUUCUUCUGAAGAACACUGUUUGAUCAUUGAUGAUCGCUCCAAAUCAACUCUUACAUCUGAAGCUGCUAAGAAGAAAAUCAAAGAUGAAGAUAUACCUAUCUCUAAAGUACUCAAGCUUUCCAAACUCAAAACGGAUUAUCGUGCAUUUGAAGCCAAAAGGAAACUUUGUGAUUCUUAUGAUUUCUUUUUUGCAGAUAAAAGGGUUAUUCCAUUGCUUCCAAAGCUAUUAGGUAAGCAGUUCUAUAAGAAGAAGAAAAUACCUGUUCCUGUUGAUUUAACACAUCAGAAUUGGAAAGAACAGAUUAAAAUUUCAUGUAGUUCAGCUCUUUUCUACUUGAGAACUGGUACAUGUAGUGUUAUUAAAAUAGCUCGGGUUUCCAUGGAAAAUGACGAAAUUAUUGAAAAUGUUGCCGCUGCAAUUGAUGGGGUUGUAGAGAUAGUUCCUAAGAAAUGGACAAAUGUUCGUUCGUUUCAUUUGAAAAUGUCUGAAUCUUUAGCAUUACCUAUUUAUCAGUCUGUUCCUGAUCUGGGUUUGAAAAUUGAGGGUCUAAAGAAGGUUGAGGAAUCUAAAGAAAUGGAAUUGGUGGAGGAAGGUGAAGAAGAAGAGGAGAAAGAAAAGAAGACACCUGCGAAGAAGAAAGGAUCUAAUAAGGGAAGAAUUCAUGAAGUUAGGUAUAUGGAUGACGAUCUUGGUGAAGCUUUGGAUAAUUUAUCUGAUGAGGAGGAGAAUGAAAAUGCUGAGUUGGGUGAUAAAUUGGUGGGUAAGAAGAGAAAGAAGGUAGGAAGCUCGAAAAAAGACAAAGUUCUUGACGAGGAGAAGAAAUCGAACAAGUCAUCUAAGGUGAAGAAGGUUGCAAUUGUGAAGCAGGAUGAUGGAGAUGUCGAGAACGAAGUUGUUGAUGAUGUCUCUCUUUCUGGUGAAUCGAAGAAGAAGAAGAAAACUAGUAAAACUGAGAAGUCUGAGAGUGGGGAAUUGAAGAUGAAGGAUAAGAAGAGUAAGAGAACAACAAAAGCUUGAGACUUGCCUAGUUUUGCUUAGAUGAGAUUUGAGAAGAUCCUGCUGCCAUCUUGACUUCUUUAAAACCAAGUAUGAAUAUCCGUGGAAGUCUAUUUGCAGUUUUUGCUUUAGUAUUUAUGUCUUAGUUUUGUAAUGUGUUCUUUGCUUAAAUCAAAACUCAAUUGCUUUAGAUUAGAUUUUCAGUAGCCAAAUCAUUUCCAUCACAUGAUGUGUGUGCCUUACGAAUAUCACUCUUUAUAGUGCUGCAGUUUAACUUACAAUAGCCAUAAUUGGAUGGAUGGUGUCUGAUUUAUGAAACAAGUCAACGCAUAUAAAUGUGUAUGUUAAUGCUAUUCGUAUACGCGGAAACGUAAUUAUUUUUCUCA